UCCUUGAGCGGGGUAAUCUACGAGGCGCGUGCCUGGAGGAGAGAAUCCCAUGGUUGGGAGGGUUGGGGGUUGUCAAAGUCGUACGGUAUUUUUUUUCUUCUUUAUCCCUCUUCACCAUCGCAGGGUGGUAUCGAGAAGUGUUGGAUGUCACUGUGUUGCCUGUUCGAGUGCUGCUCCAGUUGCUACUCCAGUGCUGCUCUUGUCGGUGGAGUUCGUUCGAGCUGGAGUCUGUCAUCAGGAGACUUCUGGAUAUCUCUUCCUGCAGCAGGGCGGGAAACGGCAAGGUUUGGCGGUCGUCGGUGCAUCAGGCGAAUCAGAAGAGGCGGUAAGCGAAAGCGGCCGGUGUGGACUGGCAUCCGCUGCCAUCUGGCGGCCACCUCAGCGGUGAGUGCUAGAAAGAGAGAAGGAACUUCUUGACAACCCCGCGAUAAUUGUUCCUGACCUUGCAAGGAUAUCGAUUGCAUCAGACAGCUGCAGCGCGAGGCUUGUUUGCUUUGCCGCAACUGUCAACUCCACCGCGGUUUCUCCCUCACGAAACACUGGUGCGAAGCUAUUCCCUCAACGGCUUCUAGAGAAAUCCCAAUGGGGUGGGAGCCGGGAAAAAUGCUUGGUGUGGAGUUAGCACUCAACCUCAAAUUCUUCAACAACACCAACAGACUCGUACAAAGACGCAGUGAGAUGCUCGGUUACACAGACACUGUCGUCAAGACGCAGGACAUGUCUCUGGUCAUCCAGUCAGAAACCGUGGAGCAACACGUUGAAGGACCCGCCUCGCCGAUUUCAGGACCUCCCUAACAGAUAUCGUGAGAGAAGGGCCAAAGGGCUUCUUCGCCUACACUAGUUUUGGUGUCGAUCCGGCAGCAACCCGGCGGCGGCUGGACUUGAGGCUGAGGCGCCGGUAUAGGACGACCCUUCGGCACCGAAUUACGGGUUGGCAUUCUGUUCACGGCGUGUCGCCUCCCCGGAAAUUGGAUGAGAUGCAAGUUACAGCCAACAGGAGAUUCUGCCACGCCGUUCUUGUGCUUUGUGCUCUGAUGGAAGAUGCGCAACUCCGAGUCGUCUCGGAAAUCAAGUGACAGUCUCUUUCGAGGUUCAAGUUCAACAGAUGAGAUGGACAGGACAACAACAAUAACAGCAGCGAGUUAUCAUCAGAUUCAUCAUAACGAGAUGUCGCUGACUCGCUGAUGAGCAUGGUGGAGGCAGUGGCUGACGGUGGCAUAACCCCACACACUUUGGUGGCAGCGCAGAGACCAUAUCCGAUAUGGCCCGUGCAAAUUUCACUGGGUGUUGCGCUGCAUUUUGCUUUCUUUCUCGUUCAGCAAUCUUAUGCUGUGGAAGCCAUGGUGGUACAAACUCGUCGACCCCCUUUGAGAUGGCAUCGAACUGAUCAGACAGAUCGCAGCCAGCCGCAGCCAUCGCACCCCGAUUGGUGUUCCCUGCCACGCCUGCGUUGAGUGAUGAGCUCUCGACUCGUCACGCGAAUGUCUUCGAUGUCUCUCCCUUGUCCCUAGCACUGGUCUGGUCUCCUGGUCUCCUGGUCUCUCUGGCUCCCGAGGCACGAUGCCUCCCGGCUUCGGGCGGUUGGCUUUUCUUUCUCUCUCCCACACGAUUCCACUCCUCCAUCUUUCCUCCGCCUCUUAGAAGUUCUCGGCUUCGGCACCGUAUUUUUAACCCCACACAGUGCACCCAUCCCACAGCAACAGCUCCGCUCCCCAGGGGCUCUAGCUCGCGCUCGACCCGCCCGGCAUCCCUUCCACAAGGCUCCGGCUCCGCCAACGGCUUUUCCUAUUGCUCAGGCUCAUCACCUCAGAGUUUUCCCUCCGAGCUGCAGGGUCUUGUGGCCCAGGAGUCCAGAUGCCUUCAGUACGGACGGAUGCCCAACUCGCAAAAUCUCCCGAUCACAGAGCAACCAAAAGCCGCCAGGGGUCUACAUACAUAGGUAGCCUGCAGGGUGGCACCGACGCUGCCACUUGGGUCUUGAUCCAGGGACGCUGUGGCUCUGUGCGAGCUGGUGUUCAGGAUGCAAGGAUGUGUAAGGGACGCCAAGAAUGUCCAGGCGGGGAGCUCGGGACCAGGCCAGGGUGGGAUUUCUCGUCCCAAGGGGUACCCAGAGGUUCCAACCACUCCCAGUGCCCGGCGUCCGCUCACGCUCAAGCUCCUACUCCCAGCCUCUGCCUCUGCCUCUGCAGUCCCACGCCGCCUGCCCACCCGCCUGCAGUCUGUACUGACAGCGCGCUGCCCUCCUCCUCCUUGCUCGCUGCAAGUGUCCCUGGCUUGUGUGAAAAUGCCCCGGGGAGCCGGUCGCCCCAGCACACCCCAAGGUCUUGGUGCUGCUCACCAAAAGGUCCACAGCUUGCCCGAGGUGCCUAUCAGAGCGCCCACGUUCGUCCUUCGUACCCAGUGGUACCUCGUGGAGAGAACUCACCCUGGGUCCCUGGCUGUCUCCCUGGUCCUACCCUUGUUGAGGGUCUCGCUCCUCGUUCGCCCACACACCACCUCACCAUCCAUGCCCCCAUCACCACCAUCCCCUUCCAAGCCCAGCCUGUGGCCCCAGCACCCGCCGCCUGCAUGCCGAACCACACCACCCUCCUGCCGCUUCAUGACCCGCGACACGUCCUGGAGCAGUGUCGAGUCUCGAUGGGUUCUUGCACGGCGAGAGCCUGGGUGAUGCACGGCACGCAGCAGAGCACAGGUUCGGGACAAAUAACAAUGCCCCUUCUCCACUGCUCCCCCCUUCGUUCCCUCUCGCCUUGCCCUGUCUUGUCUUGUUGUGACUGAUGAGACUGUUCAGCAGCAAGUCCUCAGCAGGGAACAGAAAGAAGCUGCGAAAAAGUGAGACGGGGAGAGCCCUGUACACGAGCUGUGUCUUGCCGUUCCGCUCCGGGUCUCGCCUCGCCCACCCCCCUCCCACCCCCGUUCAGUUCAUCGCUCAGUCUUAAACUGGUUAAGACCUCCUGGCCGGGUGCCCACCCUAUCCACGCGCUCCUGACCCCUGGUACCUUAGUGUCCUGAUCGGGCCCACACGUUCUUUGACAUUUCCCCCGUCCAUAUCACUCAAGAGUCCGCCUCACCCCAGUCACUCUUUUGUGUCCACCAUCUCUGAGCCCGCAAAGACGCUGCCUCGUCUUCUGGGUCUUCUCAAGACAGCAUCAAUCUUCCUCACUCACGACGCACUCCCGGACGACGACGACGACGACACUUUCUACCGGACCGGUCGACCCAGUUGGACAUCAUGGACAUGGACUACAUGGACCCUUACCGCCGAUACGCCGUUCAGAUGCAGGGCUAUCAUGGCAUCCAGCAACAAACACAGCCCCAGGACCACCAGUAUCCGUAUUGGAGUCAGCAUAUGGUGGCCUACUACCAACAACACCAGCAAAGAGCAGUGAUGAUGGGACAGGGAGGCAUGCACAUGUCCAAACAGACAGAGCCCAAGCCAAGACUGGCAAAGGACGAGGUGGAAUUGUUGGAGCGCGAAUUCAACAAGAACCCCAAGCCAAACAGCAGCACCAAGCGCGAGCUCGCUGAGCAAAUGGGAGUGGAGGUUCCCAGGAUCAACAAUUGGUUCCAAAACCGCCGGGCAAAAGAGAAGCAGAUGAGAAAGACAGCCGAAUUCGAGGCGCAACAGGCAAGAGAAAAGGAGGCUUCGGAGGUCAAGGAAUCCGGUGACCAAGAGCAGGGUACCGUGACCGAGUUCUACGGCCUAAGCAACCAGCACCAACCUCUUGGGUUAUCAACUGCCAAGUUUGGGGGGAGCGAUGAUGGCAUUAAUAGUGAUGAUGGCGCUUCAGGACCACAGCCUCUCAUCGAGUCAGCGGGCGCUUCAUCCACAGUAACGCCUGGAGGUGACACUCCAGUAAGCCCAGGGAGUGAUUACGUUCACGUCAAGUAUGAACACGUCAAAUCGCCCGUUCACCGCUCACAAGACACAUCGGACCUUGACCAGCCGUCAACAGCCAUGAGCGCGUUCACCACGCCCCAACAGGAGAUGAACUUUCAGAAGCCGACGCCUUUCAGCUUCAGGCAGGCGAACCCGGAGCUUUUAGAUGGCUUGUCGGGCCAUGAGCUGCACAGAGUCCAAAGCCAGGAUCAUAUCGAUACAGGGGAAACAAGUCACUUCGGCUCGUUUCCUGACCGAGACUAUUUUGCGUCACCUCCCAUCCCGCGCUUCCCGUCUGAAAUGAUACCCGAAAACUUGGUCAGCGCCGAAACCGAGCUUCUCCAACGCCGAGUAUCCGAGGAAAAUUUGGUGAAAUGUGAAGCUCUGUCGCCGACUUCCUUGCCCGAGUCGCCCUUGACAGUGUCAGACUUGCGCUUCAAAUCCCCACCACCCCCAGCUGAUAUCGCUGGCCGCAGGAAAUUGCGACGUCCAGCACCUCUCGGACCAUCCUCCUUGAGAGGUGGCGCUGGGCCGAAGGCGGGCAUUGAAGCUCCUCGAAGAUCAGAAACGGCAAGCCCGAUGAGACGCAUCUCUUCCGCUACGGGAGGCCUAGGUGGGCGCGUACAAAAGUCGUUCAUGGGACCAGGUGGACCGAGGUCCCCGUUUGCGAUAGAGCGCAACAAGGAGGCGCUUCUUCAGAGUGUCCAGGACGGCCAAUCUCCCGCAAUGGCUUCUUUGAACAGUACCAUGUCACCGUUGAGCCCUGGGGGACACAAUCAGAGCGCACGCGAAGGAACAGUUGGUAUCAGUUCCUCAGAUGAAGAGGCCGGCUUUGCGUAUGGGUCCCUUGGUGCCGUGGGCGGAUUUUCCAUGUAUAAAUCCGAGGCCACCAUGAAGACACCACCAGGGACUCCAGGUCUACAAAUGGGUAUGCAAGACGCAUACUUCACAGGCUCCAUGGACCACGCCUGGAACUUCGCCCCACAGGACGAACCCCUUCCCACGCCAAGCCUCUGCAGCCACGGGGGAUCCGAGCUUGAGUUCUCGAUGGCGCCUCAGAUGCCUGGAUAUGUGGCCAGCCAGCCUGUGACACCCUCAUUUCCGCCACAGUCCAUCGGCCCAACAUACAACGGUUUUUUUGGCCCUUCGCUCGCCCAAACCGAAUAUCACUUCCCCGACUCUUAUGCAACUGAGCCAUCAGCACGAUCUUCGCCCACCAACAUGCCACGAUCGAAGCAGUUCCAGUUUGCUCAAAAUAUCACCCCCCAGGACUUCAGUGCGGACAAGUCAUAAACCGUCAGUGUUCUGAUUUCUGGCCCCUCGAAAUCGAAGCGGGCCGUUGUACCAUAAUCAUUUUUUGUUUUGUUUUAUGCAUGCAACAAAAUCGUCUUGACCGAGUUUCUUUUGUCUUUGUUUUCGGAGUCGAGACGGUUGGAGUCGCGCAGCCCCUAUAAACGUAGGAUACGGCUUUGGUUCUUCAGACGACUUAUCAGCAACAAUUACUUGACAACACACACACACACACUCUCUCUCUCUCUCACACACGAAAAAGUGGACUCACUCAAUGUAAUGAUACACGGAUAUGUGUCUUUUUCUGGCUUCUUAUGUCUUUUUUUUUCUUUUUGGGAGGGUGGCGGGAGGUUUGGUCAACGGAAUUGGUAUUGGCUUUGGAUACCCCUGCUGGGCAUGAGAGAAAGGGGUUGUCCCAUCCCUUGGCUCUCACCCUGCAUUACCUGGCGUCGGAUGGAUUCAAUGCUGUAGUAUAGGCAUCAUCUCAGCGGCAGCGGUGGUGCUGGUAGCAUUUCGGGGGAGCAUACACACAGCAGACAUAGUGGAGGAUAUAGCUGUGAUGAAAGAGGGAUGCAAGAGAGAAAAAAAGAUGUGGAAGCAUAUUUUGUAUAAAGUCCGUCGUAAACGAAAUGGACAGAAAAUGGGACACAGGAAAGAAGGCGGGAGGGGAAACCUGUUAUGUACCUGAUAUAUAUACAACAUGGAGCACUGGCAGAGAAAUCCGCCUGAGACGCAAUGGUUGAAGAAGAACAAAUAAACAACAGUUUGGCCGCGGCCGCUGAUAUUUGAACAUGAUUUCCGUUUCCCAUACUGUCAACAUGUGGUGGCAUUCUGCCUUUCCAGAUGUCACUCUUAC